CAGGAAGCUUUGUUUCCGGGAAUGUUUGGUGAUGUGGCUAUGCUCUGACAUCCAUCCGAGGAAAUAUAUCAGAUAAAAAGCGGAUACAUUUACCUGGGAAGCACUCGCACAGUGCCGUCUUUAUGUUCAGCCGUCUGGCCACGGUCCUCCAGGAGCUCUCUGGAGAGGAGGCCCCAGAUGGAGACCAACAGGGCACGCUGGUGCCUCAGCUCCCUGCCGAUGAGAGCCAGUCUCAGGUGGAGUCUGAGGUGCCUGAGGAGGUCAUGGAGAGGCUGGCUCACCUGGAACAACUGGUGGUCCACUUGAAGGAACUCAUCCGAGAUAAGGACACUGAGCUGUCCAACAAAGAUGCACAGCUUAAGAAUGAGAAAGAUGAAGCUGAGGCCCGCUUCACUAAACUCAAACUUCAGGCCAAAGCGAAGAUGGCUUCACUCACCAAACAGAUAACUGAACUGAAAGGGCAGGGAGGAGCAGCAAGUCCAGACAGCUCUUUCACUGGAGGCGAUGCUGCAGUCGAGGAGGAGCUCCAAGAACUUAAAAACAAGCUGAGGCAGGAGGAGGCGAACAGCAGAGGACUUCAGGAACGACUCCUGUCCACGGAACAGCAACUUCAAGAGAAAGAGUCCGCGCACACUGAACAGUUGAGGAAGCUGCAAGCUGUAGUCUGUGAGAAGGAUGUGCGUUUCCAAGAGCAGAUCCAGAAACAUGAAGAAGAGCUGCUGAGGGUCUCGGCACAGAGUCAAAAUGAUGAAGAGCUUCAGCAGGCACUGAAUGCAGCACAGAGGCGCUGUGAAGAGCUCGAGGAGUCCUUAAACUCUCGCUCCCAGGUGCUGGAGAUGCUGCAGGAGGAAGUGAACAGUGCAGACCAGCAGAAACAGAUCUUGACUGCUCAGUUCCGGCAGAUGGAGCAGGAGUUAGUCGAGGCUGUCAAGCAACGGGAGGAAGAGAGGCAGCAGUGGGCAGAACAGUCCAGCAGGGCCGAUGCUGAACUCUUGGCCCUCCGAACCAGUCUGGAGGCUUUGGAAAGGCAGAGCGUGGAGGUGGCGAGGCAGGAGAGCGAGCUGGCAUCCUUGAGAGAGGCAGAGCAUGUUAGUCAGGACGCUCUGGAGAAGGAGAGGGUGGAGGUUGCCAGGUUGGAGAGAGAACUGGCUGUGAUGAAAGAGGCUGAGCUUGCAGCCGUCCAAGUGAGCCACGAUGCUUCAGAGAGAGACAGGGCGGAAAUAGUUCGGCUUGAAAGUGAGCUUGCAUCUGUGAGGGAGGCAGUCGAGCAUGCCAGCCAGGACGCCCCGGAGAGAGAGAAGUCAGAAGUGGAGAAACUAGAGCGAGAGCAGGCUUCACUGAAGGAGGCGCAGGAAGAUUCUCAGAGGAAGGGUGAGAUCUUGGCUGAAAUAUGGAGACAUCUCUGUCCUCUGGCUCAAGAAGAUGUGCAAUCAACAGAGGAGCUCCCCUUCCCUGCUGACUUCUCACUGGUCCUGGACGCUGUGCAGUCUCUUGAGACACAACUGAUGAAGCUGAGAGAUGAACGCAGUGAGAGUGAGGAACAUUGUGCCGAGCUCACCCACACCAUGGAAACCCUUCAGGAGCAACUAGACAGAAAAAACACAGAACAGGAGGAAACCGCUGCCAAGGUAGAAGAGCUGGAGCAGCAAAUAGUAACGAUGUCUGAAAGAGACGACGGGACUGAACCAUCAGCAGAGGAUUCAUCUGAAGCUAAAAAAGCUCGCAUUGUGGAACUGGAGCAGCAGCUGUUAGAAAAAGACAACGAGUUGGCCGGCUUACAGGAGUCUCUCAGACUGGCUAAAGAGCAGAUCUCCAGUGGGGUUGCAUCCUGUGAGAACGAUGAUCAGACUCCAGAUCAGGCUCAGGACGCCAGUACACCAUCACGUGACAGCUCUGCAGCCCUCACUGACUUCAUGGAGGACACACAAGAAGAGGAGACCACUUUAGUUGCUGAAGACACCUCGGUCAUCUCCAUUCCUGCUGAUAAUGAGAGCAGCCCAGAGCUUAUUGGACACCAGUCUGAAUCCCCAGAAGAAUCUAAAGGGACCUCCUCAGAUGAGAUGAUCGCCAGUUCAGAUUCGGAGGUGGCCCACAGCAGCUGGACCCUCCUGGAAGCUGUGAAUCAAGAGGGAGGCCAGGAGUGGCCGUCCUUAAUGCAGGACUUAGGCCAGAUGCAGCUGCAGUCAUCGUGGGAGGCAACAAGCAUGGAGUCGGAGACCUCCACAGUUCAAGUCGAAACCUCCUCUGUCGUCAUACGAGAGACGGUACAAGUUCAUGUAACUCACCAGAGUUCUUCCUCCACAGAUGGAAACGAACCCUCUGGUCAGGUCUUUGCUCAGGUGUUGGCUGAGGAGCUUCAGAAGAGGUACAGCGAGCUGUUGGCUGAGCUGCAGAGGCUCAGAGACGCAGCAGCAGAGUCACAGGAGAAAAUCAAGAGCCUGGAAGAAGACACACAGUCUCUCACUGCUGCCAGAGUAGAGGCUGAGUUAAAGGUGAAUAAUUUUGCAGAGGAGCUUAAAUCAGCCAGAGAGGAGGUGUACGUGCUUUCCCAGCAGAGCAGCUCUGUGGUGGAGAAACACCGCAUAGAAAUGCAGCUUCUAGAAGAACAGAUAGAAAUUUUAACUGCUCAAAGUAACGCAAAGGAGGAGAAGAUCCAGGCCCUGCAGGCAGAUCUGGAAAUGGCCCGUGAAGCUUUCUCUGAGCAGAAGGGACAGUUCAGGAUGCUGAGUGUUCAGCUGGAGGACAGAGAGCUCCUCUCCUCUGAGCUUGAGAGGAGGCUUCGAGAAAUGGAAAACAGCAUGUUGGAAUACUCUCAGACGUCAGAGAUCAACAACGACACUUUGUCCAAGAAGGACUCGGAGAUCAGCGAACUGCAGCUUCGUCUCAGUCAAAAGGAGCAAGAGGUGAUGGAGCUCAGUGACAGCAUGUCCGCUAAACUCCUCCAGGCAGAAGAAGAGAAGUUCCAGACAGACAGAGAAUGUAAUAAACUGAAAGAGCAGCUGGUGGAACUGGAGAAAGUCAGAGAUGAGAAAGACAAUGUUAGUUGUGAAGACUCAGCUGCUCCUGACGACGAUGAACUUGCUAGUUUGCGAAAAGAGAAAGGAGUGCUGGAAAGCCAACUGAUGACCACAAAGAAGAAGCUGCAGGCUGCUCUUGUGCAACGCAAAGAGCUCAUGAAGAAGGUUGCUGAUUUUGAGACAGAAGCAAAGAAAUGGAAAGAGCAAAAGGUAGAAACUCCAGAGGUAGAACAAUCUAGAGGACAUGAGAUUGAAGAAAUGGAAGCUAAACUCAUCAAACUGGAGCAAGCUCUAAGAUCCAAAGAAGAGACAGUUGAGACUCUUGAGCAGAGGAUCAGCCAGCAGGAUCAAGCUCUUACUGAGGCACUUGCUCUGAAUAAAAAGCUAAGUGAAGAAGCUGAAAACUCUCAGCAGGUCGAUGUUUCAUCUGAAACAACUGUGUUACAAUCCCAAGUGACUUCUCUCGAAGCUGAGUGUGAAACCCUUCAGAAGAAAGUUCAGGAGGCACAAGAGUCCCGCAAGGAGACCAUCCGCAAAGCAAAGGAGAAAGAUAGGCACCACCGUGAGCAGCUGAAACAGCAGAAAGAAGAAUACAGCGAUCUGAUGGAGCGUUUUGAGCUGCAGAGCGACGAGCGAGAAGUUCUCCUGACUAAACUGAGAGAGUUCGAAGAAAAAGGGGGUGAAGUGCCUCACCAAGAGAGCAAGCAACUGGCUGAAAAGUUGGAAAAGCAAGCAGCAGGUGACUGGGUCCAGGAGGAUUGGGUGGACUUUGCUGCAUCUGAGACAGAUUCGUCACAGCCACAAUCCAGCGAUCCAGUUCAGCCUCCCGCGGAGAAGUCUGACGUUCUGUCUGGACAAAUGGAGGAAUCUCUGAAAGCUCUCACUGAAGAGAUCCAAAGUGUCCGGAUUGCUAAUGCAGAGCUAGAGAAGCAGCUGCAGGAAACCCAAGCCAGUUUGUCUCAGAAGGAGGCUGAAGUUUUGGAAGUGGGUGAAGAGCUAAAAGCACUACGAGAAAAGGACAGACAGAUCGAUGCACUCUCAGAGGAGAUGGAUGAUCUUCGGGAAAAGCAUCGGCAAGCGGAGUCUUACGCUGAAUCCUUGAAAUCAGAGAUGGAAGCUGCAGCCAACACAGCAUCUGCUGAUUCUACAUCGUGCAUUGCAACUCUUCAGGCUGAAGUGGAAGACUUUAAGCAGUUCCUCGACAAUAAGAACCAUGAAAUCAUGGAGCUGAGUCAGCAGCUCAGCCAGCAGGACUCUCUCAUACACUCAAUGCAGGAUACAGUGUCUGAGAAGGAUCAGCUGAUAUCUUCUUUACAGGAAGAACUGAAGGCUGAGCAAGAAAAAACCCAAAGGUUAGAGGUUGAGGUUCCACAGAAGCAAGAGGAAGAAAAAGACAGCGAGGCGAAGAUCCAGCAGCUUCAGCGGAAGCUUCAGGCUGCUCUGAUCUCUCGCAAAGAGGCUUUAAAAGAAAACAAAACCCAGAAGGAACAACUGGCUUCAACUGAGAAGCUCAUAGCUGAGCUGCAGCAGAAAAUGGAGUCAGCCGAGGAUGAGCUGGAGAAGCUCAGAGCGGAAAAAGCGAAACUGAUUGAUGAGGUAGACCGGACGUUACUGGAAAACGAAAGCUUAGGCUCCUCCUGCGAGAGCCUCAAACUGGCCAUGGAGGGCAUACUGAACGAGAAAGACGCCUGUAAGAGAGAAGUGGAGCUGGCGAAAGAAGAGGCGUCGAGAAGAUGCAGAGAAUGGGAGGAAAAAGUUCAAAGCAUGAAGGACGAAUACGAGACUCUGCUCAAGUCGUACGAGAACGUGAGCGACGAGGCAGAGCGAGUGAGGCGAGUCCUGGAGGCAGCCAGGCAGGAGAGGCAGGAGCUCGCAGCCAAGGUGAGGACGCACGAGGCCGCCAGACAGGAAGCUGAAAGACAGGCAGAAGAGGCGCAGAAAGAGGUGGAUUCAGUGAAAGAUAAAAUGAGAAAGUUUGCGAAAACGAAGCAGCAGAAAAUACUGGAUCUAGAGGAGGAGAAUGAGAGACUGAAAGAGAUGCAGGAAAGGACUGGGACAAAGCGAGAGAGCAGGGUUCUCAAUGCUGAAGUUGAGAGACUUCAAGAUGAGCUGGAGGGUUUGAAAGCAGAGUUGGACGCUGCAGUGGCAGAAAGAGACUCUUUAGGGCAGCAGGUUGAAGAGUUGAAGGAACAACUUGCACAGACGGGAGAGAAAGAGGACAGUAUAGUUGAGGCUACUCUUCUAGGCUCUGCAGCUGUUGUCGAAGAGGUUGUGACCGCUCAGAAAUCAGACAUAAUCAUGACCAGAGCAGAGCCUGUUGAGAGUCAGAAUGAAGACAAGGGAGAAGAGACACCAGCUGAUGAAAUAGUUGCAGUGCAUGCACCAGAAACACAUUUACAACCUCCCGAGGAACAAGAAAAAGCAGAAAUGACUACUCAAGUUUUAUUGGAGGAUAAAAUAAGGGAGAUGGAGGCAGCUGUCAGUGCAGAGAGGGAGCUGUGGCAGCAACAGGAGGCUGAACUCAAAGCUCAACUGGCCUCUUUUGAGCGAGAUCUGCAGGAGGGCAAAGAGAAGGAGAGCCUUGUGGACUCUUUGGAGAAGUGCCUCCAAGAGAGCAAAGAGAGAGAAAAGAGUCUGAUUGAAGAGGGUUCAAAGAGGGAAGCCCAGUUUAAAGAGCUGCUCAGAAGCCUGGAAACUGAGAAGGAUAACGUGGAGGAGCGUCUGAUGAACCAGUUGGCUCAACUCAACGGGAGCAUUGCUGGCUAUCAGCAAGAGGCAGCAGACAAUCGGGAGCACCUUGCUGAGCUGCAGCGAGAGGUGGAGAGGUUGGAAAGGGAGCGAGCCGAGCUCGAAGCCGCGGCUCAGAGUGAAAGUGAUCGGGCUGCCAGGCUGGAGGAGGACAUGAGGCAAGCUCAGAGAGAAAGAGCCGAAGCUGAAGCAGAGUCGGGUAAGCAGAGGGAGCUGGAGCAACAACUGAGGUCUGCACAGAGGGUGAAGGAAGGCAGCCAGAGCAGAGCACGUCAGCUGGAGGAACUGCUGAGGGAGAAGCAGCUGGAGGUCCGUCAGCUGCAGAAGGACUGCAUCAAGUACCAGGAGAGGAUCAGUGAACUGGGAAGAGAAGCUAAAGCGCUGCAGCUCAGCGACGAUGAGCUCCAUAAGAAACUUGAACAAUCCCAGGUGGAGACUUCCAAAACUGUAGAAGACCUGAAAAGGACUGAAGCAGAGCUGGCGAGCUGCAAAUCCCAGCUGGAUGAAGCCCAGAAGCAGGCGAGCGAUGCGUUAGCUGAGAAGGCAGACCUCGAACAGAAUGCCCAAAAGAAAGAGGCUGCGAUGAAAGCAGAAGCAGAGCAAACGCUCGACUCUGUGAGAUUCAGGCUGGGAGCCGAGCUCAAGGAUAUGGAGAUGAGACUGGAGGAAGCUUACAGCGACAGGGACAAAGAAGAGGAAGCCACUCUCGAGGCCAGAGAGAUCGCAGAAGCAGCUGAGAGACGGGCUCAGGAGACACAAGCUCGUCUGGACGAGUCUCUGGCCAGGCUAGCUGCCUUCUCUCGCUGCAUGUCCUCAUUGCAAGACGACCGGGACAGAGUCUUGGAUGAGGCCCGGCAGUGGGAGACUCGCUUUAAUGAUGCCCUGCAGGGUAAGGAGGCUGAAGUUCGGGAGGCAGAAACACGAGCCAAGGACCUGGCAGAACAGCUUCAGAAAGAAUCUACGCUGAAAGAGGAGCUUCAGCUUUCAGUCGAGAGAGUUGAGAAAACAGUCAAAGAUUUGCAGCUGAGACUAGAAGAAGAAGAAAAGAAAGUUACAGAGAGCCAAGCUGCCCUCGAGGAGGAGAAGAGCAAACUUCAGCAAACUACAACCGAGCUGCAGUCUGCACAAAACGAAGCCCAUGCCCUGAAAAAUGAGGUGGAGAGUCUCCUUCAGAGGACCAGAGCUCUGGAGGAGGCCGUGGGUCGGCUGCAGGGUGAAGUCGACCAGGCCCGGGCUGAGCUGAGAGAGAGGGAGGCAGAAGAGAGGCGGCUGUGUCUGAACGUAGAGCAACUAGAGACAGACCUGCGAUCCUCUAAAGCCUUGACAGAGAGUCUGCAGACUGAAUUACAUGAGAAGGAGCGCAGAGAAGUGGAAAUGCUGGGGGAGAAGGAGCAAGCUGUUGCUGAGGCUGCAGAGGAGGCGAGAAAGGAGGCUGACAGCAGGGCACGGGGAGCUGAGGAGGAGCUGGAGCAGAGACGAGGGGAACUGCGGGAUCUAGAAGAAAAACUGCGAAAGGCGGAGGAAGAGAGCAACAACAGAAAAGCCAAACUGGACUCUUUCAUGAAGGCCAUGGGCUCCCUGCAGGACGACAGAGACAGAGUCCUCAACAUAUACAAGCAGCUGGAGGAGAAACAUCUGCAGGUGAUGAUGGAGAAGGACGCUCUGAUCCAAGAGGCAGCAGGUGAGAACAACAGCCUGAAGGAGGAGCUGCGCUCUCUGCUGGUCCAGAGAGACGACCUGUAUGCUGAAAAGGCCAAGCUCUCUGCUCAGCUUCACGGCUACCGCGAUGAACUUAACCAAGUCCUGAGCAUGAAGGACUCCCAACACAAACAGCUCCUGGCAGCUCAGCGAGCACGUAUCUCUACUCUGGAAAGGGAACGUGAGGAAUUGGAGAGUCAGUUACAGAGUGUUAGCAAAGCUAGAGAGGCAGAAGUAGAAGCAGGCAGAGUGGAAAGGGAGACUCUUAGCCAGGCUGUUGAGUCUACAACCGCAGCAAAGGUCAUUGAUGCUCCUGGUGCAGAGGUGGAGAAGCUGAGGGAGCAGCUGCAAGCAGCGAGGGAACAAGUGGAGGCUUUGGAGGAGACACUACAGAAGGACAGACAAGAGCAGGAGAACAGGGGCAAAGAGCUAGCUGAGCUGCGAUGGGAGGGAGGUGUGAUGAGGACGGAGUCAGAGAGCGCUCAGGAGAGGGUGGCAGAGCUGGCCCGAGACUUACUGGCUGUUGAACAGAAGCUGUUGGAGGAGAAAGAGGUCACGACGCAGCUCAGAGCAGAGAGCCAGUCAUUCUCAAAAGCCAUGGCCUCUCUCCAGGACAGCAGGGACGAGGCACUGAACAAAGUUCAGGAAAUGAGUCUGAAGCUGGAGGAGAUGAGCAAGGCAGGUGUCCACGCAGCGCACAGCAGCCCCGGAGGCUCCACCGGAGAAGUGUGGGGGCUGAAGAACGCACUGCAAGCCCUGCAGAACGACAGGGAGAGACUGCUGGAGCAGCUUCAAACGCAGACGUCAGAGCUCAACAAGCAGAAGUCAGAGCUGGCGCGACUGGGAGCAGGAGAGCUGAUUAAAGUCAGCCAGGAGCUGUUUGAGGAGAAAAAGAAGAACGAAGACAUACUGAGUGUCUUAAUGCAGCUGGAGAACGUGGUGGAAAUGGGCAAGCAGGAAAUAGAAACUCUCAGACUGGAACGUAUAGACUGGAUGGCUCAAGCAGAGCAGCUGAAGCAGCAGACCCUCGCCACGCUCUCAGACAGAGACCAACAACUGCGGCAGCUCAACGCCAUGCUGGAGGAAGCUCGCACACAUAAGCCCAAACUUGAACAGGAACACUAUCAGAGAGAGGGCACAGAGGAAAUGCACAGCGCACCUGGAGCCCCACAAGAGCGAAGCAGCCAGCUGGACAGCCACGCCUACAUAGCUCAAGUCAAAGAGCUCCAGAGAAGGCUGGAUGAAGAGAUGCAGCAGAGGGUGGCUGCUGAGGAGCAGCUAAUGGAAACACAGGAUCGACUCGAACGUCACAGCCAGGCUAAAUGGAACUCUGCACAAGAAGUGGAUCAAUCAGAGACCGCUGUUUUCAUCGAGCCGCCGGAAGGAGCCGUCACUCGGACUCGGAGAGGUGGCCCGGGUUUGAUGCGGAUGCUCCGAGUGGCCUUCUGCUCCCGUCAGCGCACCCCUCUGCUGCUCGGCCUCUAUCUGCUCACUGUGCACGUCCUGCUGCUGCUGUGUAUGGGCGGAUACCUUUGAAAACCAGCUCCCUUUAUACACAGAGCGAGAGGAGGGGAACGAAAAUGGUGACAGAGAGCUGACCCAAGCCAUCAAUAUGUUUUAUAUUGUUACAUGUAAUAACUUAUAUCUACACACAGACAUUGCACUUUAAAGGACGUAAUCUUUUAGCCAAAGUAUGUGGAUUUAUAAAGGAAGCCGGUGUCAUUGGUUUUAAUUGUGUUGCUAUUGUAUGAGUUUGAUGGUGUAUGCUAUGUUUUCCAGGCAGAGAGGACAUAAAGGGACGUGGUUUAAUUAUAAGUAGAUUCAUAGUCAAAGUGUUUCAGCAGAUGGUGUUCUUCACGUGCCUUUAGAUUCGGAUACAAAAGGGUCACUUUACGUUAGGGGGCUACGCUAGGCCACCUGGUUUGUCUGUUAAACAUGGCGCUGAAGCCAGCAUAAGUGUUAGCUUAGCAUCUAGACAGGAGACAGCCAAAUAUGACAAAAAAACAGCAAAGAAUCAGAAGUUAGGUCUUUCGGCCUUUAAGUUAAACACCCAACAACCGUGUAUGUAGCGUAAGAUCUGGAUACCGAAUCCAAAUAUGCUGCUUCCCUUAUCCAGAUCUUUUUAUACAUCCACAAUACCUCUAAAACAACACUUAACAAAAACACAACAACACAAAAUAUGUUAAUAAAUGACCUUCAGAGGGGAUGGCAGUUUAUUACAGCUGGUGAAAGUCACGCUGUUUUCCCCGUUUCUAGUGUGGAAGCUAACAGUUGACGAUAAGCUAAGCAAACCCUUUUCCAGUCUUUGUGCUGAGCUAACUGGCUGCUUGCAGUAGACAGAUACGGGAGUGUUCUUAAUCUAGUAGUCCGAUGAUAAACCUCUUCAGAGAGCAGAUAAGCAUAGUUCCCAAUAUGUUGAACUUUUGUUUAGAUGGCUUGAGGUUCAGGUGUCGUCUCUUCCUCUUCUGCUCAUUCCAUUGCACAAAAAUGGAGCACAGUGCAAUUUCUGUCCUUACACAUUCCUGUUGUGCGUUUUCCUUUCCUUUUCAGUUUCCUCUUAUAUAUAUAAUAUAUAAAUCACAAUCUGAAAAAGGAGCAUUAUAUUGAAAUUUGUACAUACGUACAUGUAAUAUCAGCUGGAUGAGGGUUUUCCCCUUGACAUAUCUCCGUCCAUGCUUCUGUUGCACUCUUUUAAACUUUACUCUGUAGGUUUUAUGGCAGAUGAAGUUGCUGUUCGGGUGCAAAGUUUUACCACCAUGUGGAGAAAGACUCCAGAGGAGAAAGACUGCUGUGUUUUCUAAUGAGAUCCAUCCCAUUAUUGACUACUCAGAUGUAGCAUAAUUUAUUGUCCAAGAGUUUUACACUACCUACAUGUAAAAUGAUAUCAUCCUCUUGAUCCUUGUUUAUUUAAUGGCUCACUGUUGGUGAAAUGAAACCUCUGUACUCAUCUUCUCCUCACAAUCAUGUUCUUCUUCACAUCUAACACCUACUGAAAUGUACUUUUAAUGUAAAUAACUUAAAAAGGGCUGUAUAGAAAACUAAACUGUAAUAAAAGUGUUGGUGGUUUAGAUCAGGGACUCAUCUUGUCAAGCAUUAAUUAUGUGUGUGUCUGUUUAUAAAACAGACAUUAGGACCUUUUUGACUCAUAUUAGGACUUUUUUUUUCCUUUGUUGAAAUUCAGCACCAUGAAAACACGUUUUGUCCUAUUGUUUGUGAAGUCCUUAAAAAUAAAUGGGUUAUUAUUAAUCAGUGA